UGCAAGUGCUUUCGGAGUCUGCGCGCCGGGAUCUCUAUAUAUUCUCUCUUCGUUCCGCAGCAGCCGUUCGUAGAGACGGUGGAACAGCGGGACGCGACGAGAGGGAGGGGAGAAAAGAGAAAAACAGAGGGCCGAGAGCGAGAACCGAGAAGUAGUCGGCUCACAUCUCAGUUUCGAGUCUCGCUAGUGAACCGAUCGGAUCUUCGCGACUCUUGAGCGAGGCUAUAUAUGUGUGUGUGUGUGUGUGUGUAUAUAUACAUACACACGUACACGGAUUACAUACAUAUAUAGACGAGCGCGCGCGCGCGCGCAGUACAGCACGACAGCUACAUUUUUUUCGUGUCACAUAUAUACACGUAACGCAUUCGCUGCCCUGUACUCUGUAGUAGAGCCAGAGUGAGAGUACAGAGAACGUACCACGGCACCGACGUGUCUUGGGCUUGGGCCGUAGCCCGUGGACCUAACCUGCAAACAACGCGCAAAGUGUCGGGUUCUCGUGCAGUGUGGAGUGUGGAGUGUGCAUCGGUCCGAGAACCGCGUAGGCGUCGUCAUCGUCAACUCGUCAUGAGUAGGCUGCUGCCGCUGCUGCGUGGGUCGUCGCCGUAGACCCGCGACGCAACGCAACGCACCGAGCAGAACAGAGCUUUGCGCGAUACGCGCACAAACGAGGAAGAGAGAAAGAGAGAGAGAGAGAGAGAGAGAGAGAGAGAGAGAGAGAGAGGGAGCUCACGCGACCCGUCUCGCCUCGGUUCUUCAUUGUUGAUAUGCAGCUCGGAGCCCGCAGCUAGUGUCUUGUGCUUUUUACGACCCUCGCUCGAUAUGGGGCUGAAGCAGAGGUUGCAGCAGCUCUCGGGAAACAAGUGAAUAAGCAGGAGAGACGAGUAUAGAGUCGAGAAGCAAGCGAGAGAGAUAGAGAGCGAGAAAAUGACGAGGAGGCGACGAGGAGGCUGGCGUGCAUCGGCGACGCUGCUGCUGCUGCUGCUGCUAGCCGGACUACUGCAGGCGCCGAGCUGCAGCCCGGUCGAAGCUCUGGACAAUCAGUGUCCGGUCGAGUGUUCCUGCCUGGGCAACUCCGUCAUCUGUAAAGAUCUGCAGCUCGUCGGAGCGCCCAACGGCUUGCCCCCGUGGACGGAGAACCUCAUCCUCAAAGGCAACAACUUUGCCAAUCUCGAGUUCAACGCGCUGCUCAAUCUGCCGAAACUCCAGGAACUGGACGUCAAUUCCAACGUACUGGCCGACAACUUCACGCUGAGCUUAUCGCCGGAAACGCAGCUCAAAUGGCUCAAAGUCAACAAGAACCGACUGACGCGAAUCCCGGAGUUGACUCUUCCCCACCUCACGCACCUAUCUCUCGCCCACAACAUGAUCAACGCGAUCGGCGGCAGUGCCUUGACGCAUUACCCGGAACUCCAGGUCUUGGACCUCAGCGGCAACAAGAUCGCGUCGGUCAAGAGCGGCUCGUUCGCGCCGUCCAAGCUCAAAAGUUUGAUCUUGAACUCCAAUCAAAUCAGCAGCAUCGAAAGCAGCAGCUUCGAAAAUUUGACGUCCCUGCAGGAGCUUCGGCUGAACAAAAAUCGCCUCAACAGUCUCAAGGACUAUCUGAAGAAACUGGACAAGCUGCGGAUUCUGGAAGUCAACCGCAACGAACUUCGUCAAAUAGACGCGCUGACCUUCAGGGAGCUCAAGAGCCUGGAAAAGCUGCGCCUCAAAAGAAACAACAUCAAGCUGCUCAAUGCCGGGGCAUUCUUGAGCAAUCUCACGGAGCUUCAACUCGAUUUCAACGCUAUCGAGGUCGUGACCAAGGGGGCCCUUUUCGGACUGAACCGUCUCCAAGUGUUCACACUGUCGCACAAUCGGAUCAGCACGAUUGAAUCCGAAGCCUGGGACAUGUGCAAAGACAUUAUCGAAUUGGACUUGUCGCAUAAUGUGCUCAACCGAAUAGAGCGCUCCACCUUCUCGUCUCUGCGAAAUCUCAGAAAAUUGCAAUUGAAUUACAACGUUAUAACCUACAUUUCCGAUGGCGCAUUCAAAGAUCUGUCCGGCUUACAAGUCUUGGAAUUAAAUUCCAACAAAAUUUCAUACAUCGUGGAAGAUGCGAUCGGAACUUUUAUCUCCCUAACGCAACUUCAAAAACUGGGAAUAGCUCACAAUCAGAUAAAAUCUAUUCAUAAGAACGCAUUCAAUGGCCUAACCCAAGUUACGGAGCUAGAUUUGACUGGCAACAACGUGACGAGCAUUCAAGAAAAUGCGUUUUCCCCAAUGGCUUCGACUCUUAUCACUCUAAAAAUGAACACAAGUGCAUUAUUUUGCGACUGUGGAUUGCAAUGGUUAAGUGUGUGGCUGCGUUCAAAACGGUAUAGCGAGACUAGGGUCAAAUGUGGUUAUCCACAUUGGUUACGCGGGAAGCCUCUCACUCAGCUUCAUCAUGCCAAUUUCACUUGCGAUGAAUUUCCGAAACCACGUAUCGUGGAAGAACCAAAGAGUCAGUUAAGCAUCAAGGGCCGCAAUGUUACAUUGAAAUGUCGGGCAACGAGUACUGCAGAUGCUCCUCUGAUUUUCACGUGGAAACAUGACAAUCUUGAGCUGCGAGACCGAACACUACAAAUGGACAGCGAGCCUGUCUUCUCUGACGGCAUAACCUUGGCAUCCUCGGUUCUCAAUCUUGUUAACGUCACCAAUGCUGAUGCUGGAAAGUAUCAAUGUAUGGUGUCUAAUAACUAUGGCACCACUUAUUCCGGAAAAGCCAAGAUUAGCGUUCAAGUGUACCCAUCGUUCACAAAAAAGCCACAUGAUAUACGAGUAGCAGCGGGUAGUACUGCAAGACUUGAAUGCUCAGCAGAAGGUUUGCCCUCACCUCAAAUUGCUUGGCAAAAAGACGGCGGAAAUGACUUCCCGGCUGCACGUGAGAGACGUAUGCAUAAAAUGCCCACGGACGAUGUGCUGUUUAUUAUUAAUGUCAAGACAGCUGAUAGUGGCGUCUACUCGUGCACUGCACAGAAUCUUGCUGGCAUCAUUACUGCUAAUGCAACUCUCACCAUACUUGAAACACCAUCAUUUGUCAAACCUAUGGAAAACAAAGAAGUGAUAGCCGGAGGUUCGAUAGUAAUGGAAUGUAUGGCCAGCGGCUCACCGCGACCACAGUUAUCGUGGCGUAAAAAUGGAAGUCCCUUACAAGCCACAGAAAGACACUUUUUCACAGCGGAAAAUCAACUGUUGAUCAUAGUUAAUACCGUACCCAGUGAUGCUGGUACCUACGAGUGCGAGAUGAUCAAUUCUUUGGGAAAUGAAACAGGAGCAUCUCUCCUCACCAUCAAAGCAGCGCCAACUUCUGUGGUGAAUGAAGACGACAUGCUGGGCUUGAUAAUAAUUACAGUCGUUUGCUGCGCUGUCGGUACAUCCAUCGUUUGGGUGGUCAUAAUUUACCAAACUAGAAGACGUUUGAAUGCUGCACAGAAUACCAGCAGUAGGCAGUCACUCAAAAUAAUCGCCAGUGCUUUACCAGAACCGGAAACUCACCUGUAUCUGGAUACAAGUUCACAGCACAGUAAGGAUAGUGGUACCGGCGAUAGUACUAACCCUAGCAAUGAUCAAUUGCAAUUGUGCUUGCCAGGUGAAGUAGUUACUUGUGCCGUUAGUAACGAUGACGAUACAGGCAAUGUAGAAGGCGAGGAUCCUCUACUACGUUAUACGAAUCAUGAGCGACAACAUCGCUUUGAUCAGCUGCAUCAUGAUUAUAAAGCGAUUACGUCGCAGGAACAAUCAGAGCCUUUCGACGUCGAGCAACAGGCCAAUUGUUAACUUGAUUAAAAUCAAAGAGUCUAAGCAGUAUUCUUAUAACGUUCACUAAAGUGCUUUUGGCGUUUGAUUUGACAAUAUGAUAAAUAUGACACCGCCGACAUUCUCUGGUCAUCAAAUCGGUGGAAAAAAUUCGGUUGCGUUCUUCGCCGUUAUCUGAAAAAGAUGUGCCUAACAAGUGUUUCCUUGAUUUUCAAGUAAAACGGAUACAGUCCACAACUGUAUAUAUACACCAUUUGCGUAAAAGAAAAUAAGUUUUUUAGAAUUUUUAAAAGAUAGAAGUUUUAGAUAAGUAAAAUCAGAUAAAAGCCUUAUAUAACAUUUGAGCUUAUGACUCAGUCAAAAUAAUAUUAUUUCAAUUUCAAACCGGUGAAAACUACAAUUUGAAUUGCAAUUCGAAGUUUAUAUAUCUCUUCGCCUUAAGCCCCUUAAACGUACACUUAGGAGUAUAGACUGUAAAUAGUUGAGAUAAGUAAUUAACUUGGUGUAUUGCCAUAGGCUUGAUACGUGUUAGUCACGUUAACUCUAAUCCAGUGGAAUAAUUUUGUAGAAAUUGCAAAUGUCUCCACUGGUGUUACAUACAUACGCACACUAUAUAUAUAUAUCUACGUUUUGUGAUAGAUUAUUUAUUUUAGAACUGUAAAUGUCUAUAUUUGUGACAUCAGAUAUCAUUUGUUUUCAUGUUAGCAUUAAAAAAACAACCAGAGUAAAAGAUAGUUUAAUCUGGUGAAUAUACUUUUGAUGUAAUAGUGUCUAUUAGAUGCCAACUUUUUAAUGAUUUCAAAAACGCCAUUAAUAACCUUUAUUUUACAAUCUUGAUAAUUCUGCAGAUGUAAAUUAUAAAAAUUUGUUUCUAGUGCGAAAAGCGUGUUUUUUUAGUAUUACAUAGUAAGUCCGUUUUGUUGAUUUAUUUAGAAUUUUAAUUAGUCUUAAUCGCGACAGAAUCGCUACAAUCAUUUUAACUAUGCGUUUUUAUUGUUGAUGCUUAUAGUUAGUAUUACAAGUGUAAAAAUACUAUUCUAUUCAGUUAAACAAAACGAUAUCCAUAAAAAUUGGAAAUGUUUUUUACGUUAAAUUCAGAGUAUUAAAUUUUAGAUAAUACUUCAAAUUGAAGUAUAUGUGAUAAGAUAAAAAUGAUAGAAUUUAUAUUUGGAAAAGAUUUUUGCGAUAAAUAUUGAACCCACGAAAAAUAUGUACUAAUACUAUUAAGGAUAUUAAAAAACAAUAUUUCAAUGCAGAAUCUGUAAAUUAAAAUCCGUCUAAUUGCGAUUAUACGUUCACAAAAUUUAGUACGAGUAAUAAAUAUUUUCGUUACUUUUGAAAUAGGAAAGUAUGAUAACUGCAAGCCUAUUUUAUUAAAAUAAAUUAUUUAUAUUUAUUGAUAAAAUAGAAUUCUAAAAAAAGGACAAGAGUUCGUCCGAAAUAUAAGUUGUAUAAAUUAGAAAUAAAAUUGCAAUGUUUAACAUAAGCCUUAAGCACUACUCUGCCUUAUUAUUGAAAUGAGAAUGAAAGUAAAAUGCAUUAAGAAACUUGUUUUUAAUACGAAAUGUUAAAAGUUUCCCAUAAUUAUAAAAACGAGAAGAAAUACAUUUUAUAUAUAAUUUGAGGCUUUUUACAAAUAUUUUUUAAGCGUUAAACAGGAAACAUUUUGUAAAACUUUACAAUACGUAAGUGUUAACAUAAUGCGUAUACUAAACAAAAGCUAUUCGCGCAAAAACGUGCGGUUUGACAAUAAACCUUUGUAUAUAUUGAAAGAUCAUACUUGUAUGCAUGUACAACAUCCUGCGUGAUUGAAUUCUUUGAAGAAUAUCUGUAUAAAAUGUUUAUGUACGAAUAAAUUUAAUAAGUUAACGUGUUAAUUAACAAGUACUCAGUAUCAAAUAUGUAUUUACGGCUUGUAUUAUAUAUCGUAAGUCUUAAUUUUAAUAAGAGCGUGGAUUAAAACGAUUGAUUAUAGGUGUAAAGCGUUGUACGUGUUUCCUUAUUUUAUGAAGCUGUGAACUUUGUGUCAAACUCACGGUGUUACUUUGAAAUACAUUGUGAAUUUUUAAUGUACCUUCGUUGAGUUAUUAAUUUUUACUCAAAUUCUUUGUCCAAUAAUACAAUUAAAAUAAAGCUAAAUUUGUACUUAUUACUGCAUCUAUUUGAUUCAGUAUUGUUUGUCUUGAUAUAAUGUAUCUUUUAUAUUAUGUACAAAUACAAGUAGCUUUGAUAAAAUA